UGUCCCAAUCACAUAUUUUAAUGAUCUUGGUGGAUUUUGCACAAGAUUUUGUUGAUUUUUUAGCCUUUUUGCUAUGAAAUUGCGAGUUUUUUUUAUAAAAUCUAACAGUUUUUCGAUCUCCAAUUUGAUGUGGUCUCAGAGUGGCAUUAUGUACUCUACAUUAUGUACAUUACGAUCACUCAUUGCACAUAACCACAUCAUGCACUAUAUACACUUGAUAUUUUUAAUUUAAUUUAAAUUUUUUAAAUGUUUUAAACGUAUACGUUUAAAAAAUGAAUGACGUUUGAAUGACAUGAAUUGAUCAAAUAUCGAAUUCAUAUCGAUAUUUACGCCAUGUUGUCGGUAGUGAUGCAACGCAUGCACUGUAGCACUUUUCGGACGCUAUUUCCAUCAAGUGACGCUACUGGUUAUACAUAUACUGUGUUAUCGUGUUCAAUCGACUGAAGAUAAGAAGACUUACUAUCGAUUCAAGUUCAGUGUCACAGAGAAAUUUAAUGCAUUACAUGAAAUAUUGUCUGACAGAAGUUUAACAGCUGAUUCAUACAAUAGUAAUAUUAAUUUGUUCUCUUACAUAUUAUCUUUUAUCGUGACGUAAACCACUUUGAGUAUAUCCAAUCACAUCUCGUCGCUAUUCCAUUUUAUUGUCAGUAUUGGCAGUAUUAGUCGACUAGAACUGGUUGCUUGUCAGACAUGACAAGUUAGCCUUCGUGGCUUUCCUGUUUGAUAAACUAUCAUGUAGAAAUGAUACAAUUGUCGUCACACUGUGAGACAUUUUAACUAUGCAGUACAAAUGCAAUCUUAGCGUGCGAGUAAUAUAGUUACGUGCAUUAUGUGAUUACACUUGAAUGAUGAUACAAUUUCGGGCUCAUGCUUUGUGAUUGUAAAUAUUAACCCACAUUCGUAUCCAGAUAUCAGCAGGUCUUCCGUUAUGAAUGCUUAUAACAGAGGUGCACCAGGUAUAUCAGGAAAUACCUUUGAUUGUUGGGUUCAAAAAUCUAAUAUGCAUGAUGAUUCUGCUAUAACAAAGAUGCAACAUCAAUUCUGGGUAACAAAGCAGGUUUUAUCUCGAAGAUUGGGAAAGAAAGAGGACGAAUGUAUAAUUGCUUCGGAUGCUGAAUUGGAUGCAAAGCUAGAAUUAUUCCGCAGUAUCCAAGAAUCUUGUUCUUAUUUACAAAGAGUUAUUGACAGAUACCAAGAAAGAUUAUGCAAUUUAGCUCAGGAGGAAAAUGCAAUGGGACGUUUCUUAAAAGAUGCUGGGAAACAAGAUAAAACUCGUGCUGGCAAAAUGAUGUCAGCAGUUGGAAAAUCUUUAUCUUAUUCAGGUCAACAAAGGCUUGCAUUGAGAACUCCUUUGGGUCGAUUGUAUCAAGAAGUAGAAACAUUUAGGCAAAGAGCUAUUGAAGAUACAUUACAAAAUGUGCAAGCGAUGGAAAAAGCCCGUAUAGAAUAUCGAGCUGCUCUAUCAUGGAUGAAAAAUAUUUCUCAAGAUUUAGAUCCAGAUACAUCCAAACAAGUAGAGAGAUUUAAAAAAGUUCAAGCACGUGUUAAACAGGGCAAAAUAAUUUUUGACAAUCUGGCUCUUGACUGUCUUCAGAAGGUUGACUUAUUAGCAGCAGCAAGGUGCAAUAUGUUCAGUCAUGCCUUAGUUUUAUACCAAACCACACUUCUGAAUUUUACAAAGAAAUCUGCACAAGCAUACUCUACAAUAGCAAACAGCUUCAAAGGCUAUCAACAUUUUGAUUUCACAGUUGUACGAGAACUGGCUGAAACUUCUAGUAAAUUGGCACAGGAAACAGGUGGUGAUGACGAUCCAGAGAAUAAGGAUAAAUUACCAUUUUUCGAUAUGGAUUAUCAUGAUGAUGUUGAGGAGGCACAAGAAGCUACUACAAAUUCAGAGAAAACUAAGCAAAAUGAAAAGCUCUUAGAUAUAGAAAAUGAGCCAAAAGAUAUAUUAAUACAUUUAGAUGAGACUACAAAUUCUUCGAGGAACGGAAUUGUGCAUAAUACUAAUGAUACAGAAAAUGAUAAAGGUCUUGAAGAGUUCUUUGGAAAUUUAAUCUUAAAAAAAGAUGUCUCCAAUAAUACCGGACAAUCGAUUACAAAAGCCGAGGAAAAUAAUCAUUCCACAUUUAAGAAAAAUUCUGAAGAGCAGAAGUUAGCAAUGGAUAUAUUUGAAGAAUGUAAUACAAAUUUUAAUUUAGCUGAUUUACCGUUGUUGUCAUCAGAAGCUCAACAGCAGCAAUCGUUAAAUUUAUUGGCUUCUGAAAGUGCAGCGUUAUUCGAUGAAAUUCUGAAUGAUAAGCAACAAUGCACAAACAAUGAUUGGGAAGGCAUAUCAAAUGAUACUUUCCUACCACCAAAUAUUUUGAAACAGAGUUUAGGAGAUGCAGCGCUAGGCAUGGGACAGAAGAGUACCACAACUAAUAGCGUAGACGACAAAGUAAAAAAAGAACAAGACUGGAAAGCAAAAAGGUAACUCGUGGUUGGACUUAUUUGCAGAAUUGGAUCCAUUGGCUAAUCCAAUGGAGAAUCUUUCUGGUGAUAGUAAUGCUUCUGCUUAAUUCAUAAUGCAUUUUAAUAGUAAUAUUACCCUGACAUUCGGGUUACUUGAUAUUUAUAACAAUAAGGAAAACUAUCAAGUUAUCAUUUAUUAUCAAUGAGUAUCAUAACACAUUGAACACAUAAUUCAAUGUUUUCACUUGGUACAAGUUUGUAUCAGUAUUUACCAGUGUGUUUGUAAACUUUUAAAUGUAACAUUCCAGAUUUUUUUUAAUAUGUCAAUUGUCAUAAGAAUCAAAACUAUUUGAAUUACAUGAAUUUUUUCAUAUAAGCUAGAGAUACAUACCAAAGAUAUAAAAUUUAAUGUUUAUUGAACAUUAUGCUAGUCAUAUAUAUAUAUAUAUAUAUUUUCUUUCAAAUAUAUAUUACAAAAUCUUUAAUAUAAAUAAAUUUAUUAUGUAUUUCUUUAUAGUGUUCUAAUAGACAUAUCCACACAAA